AUGAGUCUGGGAAAGCUGCCAGGGAUUAAAGGCUUCGUGUCUGGCUCUCAGGGGAAACGUCGCUUCAAGAGCGACCUCUCAGUAGACAUGAUCAGCUCGCCGCUGGGUGACUUCAGACACACGAUGCACGUUGGGCGGGGUGGGGACGUGUUUGGUGACACUUCUUUCCUGAGUAACUAUGGGGGCAACAAGGAGCCAGGAAGUCCAGACUCAGCAAGCAGCUCCAAAUCAAUCGGCUUCUUCACGCGCACCUUUCGGCAUCUUUUACAUAAAGAGGAAAACAUAAUGAAAUAUCCAAAAGAAACAGAAACACUGCUGAGAAGACUUAAUCUUCAAAACAAAGAACAGAAGUUAUCACAAGAAGACUUUCUUAAAAUAGGUCGACUUGAGAAACAGAAUACUGACAUUUCUGAAAAAGAUCUUGCUCAAACUUUUCUUCAGAGGUUAAUGAUGUUAGAUUACAGAGCCAGAUACAUUCCUGUACGGCAAGAACAUUCAAAUUCAAGCAAAGUACAGGCUUUUCCUGUGUCUGACCGAGUCGAUACAAAUGAUGAUGAUGAUUUGGCUGCUCUUUUUAAUAGCUGUGUGGAGAUGAACCAGUCUAAAGAGACACAUGUGCACCCAAUGGAUGUUCAAAUGGCAGUUUUUCACUGCUCAGACAGUUUUCUUAAACAAAAAAUGAUCACAAAGUUGUCUCAGUGUCAGUAUGCCUUACCUUUGCUUGUUCCUGACCCUGUUACAAUGAAUACUGAGUGUCCUUUGUGGACAUUUAGACAAAUAACCAGAACAUGGAAGAUUACUGAAAACAAAAACAAUUCAGUAACGGUCACCAUGAGGAGCAUGCCAAUCUACAAAGCUGAAACUCCCAUGAUUUUAUUUUUCCGCCUGGGUUCAUUGUGUGUGUCUAAAUCACAGCUGAUGAACACCUUGAUCAAUGACCGCCACAACACAUUCUUCCACAGAAACUGUCCAGGAAGUACCAAAUCUCGUCAUCUGAUGGAUGGUGUGACAGAGAUUGCCUGGUACUGCCCUUCUGGAAAACCCAAUGAUUCCUUUACAAACUGCAUUGCCUUCUGUAAUCUUCAUGGUGAUUCUCUGUUGGUUGAAAGGCAACGUGAAAUACUGACUGAAAAAGCUUCAGUCAUUGUUGUUCUUGUACCAACUUUGGAGAAAAGUCAGGAAAGUAGUACAAUCAUCUCCACCCUGUACAAGUCUUCAAAACCUCUAAUAAUUCUUAUUGGUGAUAAUGACUGUAGUGAAGUUCAGAUGAAACCACUAAAAUACAAACUGGGUCUAAAAGACAGAAACCAGGCAGAUGUUUCUGAAGAAAUUAAGAAGAUUAUUGGAAAGACUUUGUCUGGACCCCACACAUCUUUCCAACUUGAAUCCCUGACCAAAGUCUCUGGAGUCACAGUGGAUGAAAACAAGACUGUUUGCCAUAUGGGAAAAUCUGCAUCAAUGAAAACUGUGAAAGUGAUUGAGGGACAUGAUAUCAUCAAUAUCAAAAAUCAAUUUCUCCCUUGUCAAGGGCAGCUUUGGCAUGAUUGGUGCAAAAUAAACAAGGAAAUACACCAUCUCAAAGGACACAUUGAAAAAGAAAAAGCUCAGAAAACUUCCCAACAAAUGCUACUACGGCAGAGCCAAUGCACUGUUUCCAGUAAGAAACCCAAUAGAAUGCUGAUGGAGUUAUUCACCAACAGUCUCAUAAGUUUACCAUCAAAAGACAGAGAAUAUUUCUUGAAAUGGACUCAGAUCUUCAUUGAUGCCCUCUCUACAGAUGAUCUGUCCUCAAUUCUCCAAAAAUAUGAUGAAACCUGGUCUGAGGUCUUAGAUCUCAAGAAGAAACAUGACAAAUCUGACAAGUUAAGAUGCAAACAAACUGAGCUUGAAAAGUUGUCUAAAAUGCUGCAAUCAGCAACCUUUGGCCUAGAGCACCUCUUCAGAGAAAUGGGACAGAUCUAUGAAGCCCAUAAAUCUCAGAAGAAACAAACAGAGAGCCAACAUACUGAAUGGACUAAAUACCCUGAGCUGGCUGCAGAUCUGAUGAUAUCAGGACACCCGAUGGAGCUGAUGGAUGGUGAUGCAGGUCAUGUGCCUUUAACGUGGAUCUCCAGUCUUAUACAGGAAGUCAUCAAGAAACUGGGUGACCGAAGAGUUUUUGUGUUGUCAGUUUUGGGUGUACAAAGCAGUGGAAAGUCAACAAUGCUGAACGCCAUGUUUGGACUGCAGUUUGCAGUGAGUGCUGGGAGGUGCACCAAAGGGGCCUACAUGCAACUGGUUAAACUGUCGGACGAAAUCAAGAACGAUUUCAAGUUUGAUUAUAUUUUAGUUGUGGACACUGAAGGACUCCGUGCUCUUGAGUUAGAGGGUAAUACCACUCUUCAUCAUGACAAUGAACUGGCAACAUUUGUUGUUGGCCUUGGAAACAUGACGUUAAUCAACAUCUUUGGUGAGAAUCCAGCUGAGAUGCAAGAUGUCCUGCAGAUUGUUGUUCAGGCUUUUAUGAGGAUGAAGAAAGUAAAUCUUUCUCCAAGUUGCGUGUUUGUUCAUCAGAAUGUUACAGACAUUGCAGCCGCAGAGAAAAACAUGGAAGGAAAAAGACGCUUGCUAGAAAAACUGGACAAGAUGGCUAAACUUGCUGCCAAAGAGGAGAUGUGCGAUGUUAAGUGUUUCAGUGAUGUCAUUGCAUUUGAUGUGCAAAAGGAUGUGAAAUACUUUGCCCAGCUCUGGGAGGGAAGUCCUCCAAUGGCUCCUCCAAAUCCAGGUUAUAGUGAGAGUGCCCAAGAAUUGAGAAAAGUUAUCCUGUCGAAGGCUUCACCGUCUUCUGGAGUCACUUUGUCACAUUUAAACAGCAAAAUUAAGGACUUGUGGAAUGCUUUGAUGAAUGAACACUUUGUUUUUAGUUUCAAAAAUACCCAAGAAAUAGCAACAUAUAGAGAACUUGAGGUUCAGUAUGGGAACUGGACUUGGGCCCUGAGAAGUGAGAUGCUGACAAUUGAAAACCAGUUUUAUCACAAAAUUGAGAAGGGGCAACUUGAAAAUCUUGAGCUCAGUUGUCUUUUCAAAGAAAUGAGGAAAAUGUAUGAAGAAAUAAAUACAAAUAUUGCAACUUACUUUGAGACGAACAAAGAGAAAGACAUUUUGGUUCAGUGGCAUAAACAAUUUGAAACCAAAAUCAAAGAGUUUCAUGAUGAGCUUGUUAGAGGAGUGAAGAUAAAACUGGACGAAGUUAUCCAGCAGAAGAAAGCUCGUAAAAAACUUGACAUGAAAAAGCCAGAGUUUGAGAAGAACCUGCUCCAAAAGAGCAAAGAGCUCGCACACAAGCUAAAAUUCAUGGUAGACGAUGAAGUGGAACUUGAACAACAAUUCAAUGUAGUUUGGAGACACUGGGUUACAGAAUUAACUUCAGAUACAGAACCCAUUAAAAACAUAAACUUGGAGAAAGAUCAGUUCACUGUCCUUCAAGACCUUGGCACUGAAUGGCAACUCAUUGAAGAAUCAAAAAGUAGUCGGAGAUACAAAAAUUUGUCACAAGUUGGAGAUUAUUCUGAAUACAUAACCUCAAAGAAGAGCAUGAUAAAUUAUCUGAAAGCAAAAUUCUGUCAAUAUGACCAGCAGAACGCAAUCAGAGGAUUCAUUUUUCGUGUUGAACAACAAUGUCUGAAGUACAUUAUGAGCAAACCUGUUGCAACAAGAGGUUACAGCUCAACUUAUUUGCACGAAGUGGGGCAAAAUGUCCUAAAGAGAGCAGCAGAGUUUCAGUUAGGACAGAAAUUUACACUUAAAAAGGAGUUUCUAGUUGAUUUGUCACUGUAUGUGUUUGACAGUGCAGCAAAUUGGAUUUUAAAGUCUCACAAGACAUACAAAGAUAACAAUGAUGCACUCACUUAUUUGAACAGUAAGAAAAUGGAAUAUUACAACAUUUUCAGGAGUUACUGUAAAGGAAACUCCUCUGCUGUUGUGUUUGGAGAAAUGAUGUGUGAAAAACUGAAGGUUUCUGCUGUUGAGGCUGCCUGUAACAAAACUGGCAUUGAUAUUGCUGGAGAGAUGAGGUGCAGUUUCCCAGCAUUCAGUGGGAACAGGUUGAACUUGGAGAAACAUGUGCUGGCAUCACUUACAGAAAAAGAUUUUAACAACUUUGUCACCUACAUCAGAAAUCCAAGAACACAAGUUGAAACAUUUAUCAAAGACGAAGUGCAGAAAUACAUGUUCACAACACACACAGAGAAAUCCCUGAAUAUUCUGAUGAAAAAUGUAAAUAACAUUGGUAAAUUUGUCAGUCAAGUUUUAUUUGAGGCAACGGAGAAAGUCAAAACGAACCAAGGAGACACAGACAUGUGGGUGAAGGAGUUUUCCAGUUUACUGAAACCCAACCUAACUCUUGACGCCAUUUAUUGUCAGAACUUCAGUGAUAUCAACACUUUUGACUUUCUUAAAGAAGAGAUGGAGAAAAGCCUUGUUGACAUAACUGUGGAGAUGAACAACCUCUCCCUGGAGAAGGUGAUGGAGUGCAGACAGAAACCCGAUCAAAUCCUCAUUGAUCAGCUGUGCAACUGCUGCUGGGAAAGGUGUCCGUUCUGUUCAGCAGUUUGUACCAACACCCUGAAAAACCACAGUCCUGAAAAACACACUGUUCCUUUUCAUCGACCAUCUGGAAUUGAAGGCUGGCACACAAGAGGCACAGUGGAUCUGGUCAUUGAUUUCUGCACCACUUUAGUGGCAAGUGAUGGACGCUUCUAUCCCAACUAUAACUCAGAUGAGAUUUUUCCUUAUAAACAAUAUCCAAAAGCUGGGGAGAGAUAUGAGUCAUGGAGCAUCACUGCCGAUGCAUCUAUGCUGACAUACUGGAAGUGGUUUGUGUGUCACUUUCAAAAGGAACUUGAAGACUACUAUAAAAUGAAAUUUCAGGGUGGAGGAGAAAUACCCAGUGAAUGGAAAAAAUACAGUAAACAAGAAGCCAUUGAAAGUCUGGACGAGAUGUGCAACUUGUGA